GGACGUGUGUACGUCUAAGAUCCCGGAACAGUCACGUCGUUGAUGUCACGCGAGAUGCCAGUCUCCAGGAUAUGGCUGCGAGAUAUACUAGGACUGUCGUAGCUCCGACACUGUUAAUGCGGCAUGACUGCGAUUUGGCAUCAGCCAAGAUCGCAUUUCGAAAUGCAGCUGAAUCUUGCUAAGAGAGGAAUCAAGGUGAUUAGAAAGGAUUCGAAGGAGAGUGGGACUCCUAACCAGAGCACUCCAUCAUGGCUCGACAGUAUACUCCUAUCGCAGCAUGAGGCAGUGAGAGUGCAUCUCGCACAACGACAUAUGGAUAAAAUGAUGGCAAUCUGUGCUGUCGGUAUUGCCAGCGAAUCAUAG